CCGUUAGGUUCGGUUGACGCAUCACCGCUCAGCCUGCGGUUUUUACUGCCCAAGCAGCGACGGUUGUUUUUUAUUUACAUGAACAGAAAAUUAUAAAACGCGUACUUCUUGCUAUCUGUUUUGACCGAAUAACGCACCCAAGCGCAGGCUGAUUAUGGAGUCGUAUGAUAUUAUAGCAAACCAGCCGGUUGUAAUUGAUAAUGGUUCUGGUGUAAUCAAAGCUGGCUUUGCUGGAGAUCAGAUCCCCAAAUACUGCUUCCCAAAUUAUGUGGGACGACCCAAGCAUGUCCGGGUGAUGGCUGGCGCUCUUGAGGGUGAUAUGUUCAUAGGACCUAAAGCUGAGGAGCACAGGGGGCUUUUGUCCGUACGCUAUCCUAUGGAACACGGAAUUGUGAAAGACUGGAACGAUAUGGAGCGCAUCUGGCAGUACGUGUACUCAAAGGAACAGCUGCAGACCUUUUCUGAAGAGCAUCCUGUACUACUGACUGAAGCACCACUGAACCCCAGUAAAAACCGAGAACGGGCGGCAGAGGUUUUCUUUGAGACCUUUAACGUCCCCGCGCUGUUCAUCUCCAUGCAGGCAGUGCUCAGUUUAUAUGCCACAGGUCGAACCACAGGUGUGGUCCUGGACGCCGGUGAUGGGGUGACGCACGCCGUCCCAAUUUACGAAGGAUUCGCAAUCCCGCAUUCCAUAAUGCGCGUGGACAUCGCCGGGCGUGAUGUUUCUCGUUACCUCCGCCUGCUCCUGCGCAAGGAAGGCUACGAUUUUCACACCUCAGCAGAGUUUGAGGUCGUGCGCACCAUCAAGGAGAGAGCCUGCUACCUUUCCCUCAACCCUCAAAAAGAUGAAACUCUAGAAACUGAGAAAGCACAAUACGCACUCCCCGAUGGAAGCACUCUAGAUAUCGGUCCGGCGCGGUUCAGAGCUCCAGAGCUCCUCUUCAGGCCUGAUCUGAUUGGAGAUGAGAGUGAGGGCAUUCACGAGGUGCUGGCUUUUGCCAUUCAAAAGUCAGACAUGGACCUGCGACGCACCCUCUUCUCUAACAUAGUGCUGUCUGGAGGCUCAACAUUACUGAAAGGUUUUGGAGAUAGGUUGUUAAGCGAAGUGAAGAAACUUGCACCCAAAGAUGUUAAAAUUAAGAUAUCAGCACCACAGGAGAGACUUUACUCCACUUGGAUAGGGGGAUCUAUCCUGGCUUCACUCGACACCUUUAAGAAAAUGUGGGUCUCCAAGAAGGAAUACGAGGAAGAUCGUGCUCGUGCCAUCCAUAGGAAGACAUUUUAAAUGGGGGUAAAGGGUACCAUCCUCCCUCAUCUCAGCGGUUUUUCAUCCCACUCCUUUCCUCGCUUGGCCUUCCUCUGUUCUUUCUUCUCUCCCUCCUACACCUUACUUGUCCAGGUUCUCAUUCGGACACCUGCCGGGACUAGGACGGGGUUCGGCCGGGACAUCCUCGCACACAUUUACGGCCAUCAAACACGACGAAAGCUUUGCAGGGCAUCAGUCAAUGCUGUUAACUAUUGUUUCAUUUGAAGCCGAUGCUUAAAGUCAGCGCUUAAAUAUUUAUUACACUAUUUACACCGCCCUGUAUAAUAUUGUCAUAUCUAUUCUAAUGAAAAACAUGAAGGUGAAUGUUUUACUCUGUUGUAAGAAUUUCAUUCCAAAACUGAAGAGAUCGGUAACUUUCUUAAAUGUAGAUAACAACAUGUGGGAGUCUUUAGUCAAAGUCGAAAUAGUAUUUUUAUUGUUUUGGGGCAAUAAUGGCAAACAUAUACAAUAGAAAAAGGCAUCACUACAACAAUUCACUGUAAUGGACACUAUAACGUGUUUAUUAUUUGUGUCCUUUCCCUUGAUCGUCUCAAUGCUGAAACCGCUCUAGCUCAAGGGAAAUACAUAUUGUGUACCGAAUUAUGAAUUACACAGGACGUAGCUAGAAUUAUAGCUGCUUGAGAUGUUGACAAGUGUUAUUCUUAGUAUACAGAACAUUUUAAUGUGGAAGCGGUUUAUGUUAAAGGGUUGUACUGUUUACUCUUUUUGUUAAAAAAAUUGCUUGAGAAUUAUUUUUCUCAGCUUUAAGUUAUCGAAUUUUUCCUAUUCAUUAAUGUCAAGUUACCACACAGAAAUUCAUGCAAACAUCCACUCAACGUUUGAAUCAAUUACACAUUUCUAACUCUUUAAGCAGAGCAACUGACUGAAGCUUUAAAAAAGAAGUCAUCCGGCUAGUGUUUUUGAAUUUUUAAGGCUUUUCAUCAUUGUGACCCCAUUCCACUGUAAAAUAUGACACCAUUUCUCAAAAUCUGCAUUAAUGCAUGAACAGAAUGACUGAGACUGUGUGUUAUUUCGGUGUAAAUUAAGGCAGAGGGCGGCCAAAUGGAUUUAGACGCUGACACUUCUUCUGGCAGAUUUCUGUCAAAGGAGAUUUGCUGUCUUAAUGGGAUGUGGUAGCAGGGUUGCAUUCAAGUCCAAUUUGUCUAACCUAAGAUUCGCCUUACUUGCAGUGUCGUCAUUGGAAAGUCAGAGCAUCCUGGUUGUAUUUUUUUUAUUUUAAGAUAUAGAAAAAUCAUAAGCCUUGUGUACAGUGGAUUGCUAUUCAAAAAUAUUUAAAAAAAGAAACAAAAAAUAAAUGACAAAAAGGACUAAAAUGUACAAACCUGUUUCUUUAAUGUUGCUUUUUCUUUUAAUUUUGUAAAUUCAGUAUGUUAAAUAAAUUAAUGCUGAAAAAUG